AUGCCGUCGAUGCCGCAGAUGCCUCCACCAGCGAACUCCUAUGAAGGGGGAUACCAGCCAGGUUUUCAACAGCAAGGCUACCAAACCACUCAGUCUCUCCCAACAUACCGUGGCGCUCAAGUAGCGCGUUUUGAUGCCCCAACAAGCCCGGGCAUCUCGAAGAUGAAUGAGGAUGCAUUGCCCGCCAUGCCUAGCUGGGACCAUGCCGUUACUCGGAGAGUGGAGGACACGAGCCCCCAUUCGGAGUCGGUAGAGAUGGAACCGUUGAGUCCAGUGACUCGCCCGCCUCAUCGCACACCGUCAGCGCCCAGAUCAAACACACCCGGUUACAGGGGUCCACCACCUAUCAGGACCGCAGUGCAGAACGAUUACUACCCAGACUCACAUGCGCAUGGAUACAACGACCAAAAUCCAUACGAUUACCACGCUCAAUCAGUCGCUCAUGGCCAGAGUCCCUACGACCAUAGCCCGUAUGAUUAUGGCCACAGCCCAUACGACCAGCCAUACGCAGACCACUCUCCAGGUGGUGAUUACCACGCCAUGUCGCCUCCAGCCCACGCCUACUCCUCUGGCCCUCAAUAUCCAGUGGGAGUUGCUGUCUCCCCGACCACGGAAAUGAACCGUCCAAUUCCAUUCCGACAGCCCUCGCCCGCCCUUCCUUUCCGGCAACCGUCACAGACGAUGCCCUACCGGCAGCCCUCCCCUGGCUUCAGCACUCAGCCGCCUAGCUAUAGAGGGCCAUCUCCAGCAGCUGUCCCUUCCAUCCCCUCUUCACCCCCACCACCGUUCAGCGCAGGUGUUCCGCAGCAAAUCAGCAACCCGGGCCGGCCCCCGAGUCUACUGCAGAGCGGGCCGAAGCCAGCACCCAACUCGUACAGGAAUGUAUAG